CCUCCCAAAUUUCUUCUAUGAAGGUAAUUUAGAGUCCAAUAGUUUUGUAACCAAUGAAGAAAAUGACUUUGACUAUUUCAUUAACUAGUUUGAUUAUAUGUAUAUAGUGUUAACGUGUGGUUUUUAUGAAAUUUAAACUAAUCUAAAUAUGAAAUGAAAUGAAUUUAACCUCUAAACUAAAACUAAACCUGAAAUAGAUCAUGAUAAUUUUAUACGACAAUAUUUUUAGCCUCAUUUUUGAGGUUUGUGCGACACAAAUUUAUGAUACCCUAAUUUCAAAAUUUUAAUUAACAAUCCCUAAAUAUCCGACCUAUUGUUUGUUUAAACAGUUCAUACCAUCAUAAAUUGCCUUGAUUGCUUGAUAACUUACAUUCUACAUAAUGACAGUUCGUGAUGGCCUCCCUGCAAAUCUAGGGGUAACAGGCACAAAUAUGGAUAAUUCAACUACUUUCAAAAGUAUACCUCUGCCCACUAAUUCUCAGGAUGGAGGUAGGAUGGAAAACGAUAAGAACAAUCCUAAGAAACGUAUUAGGGUGGCUUGUGAUACUUGUCGUCGUAAGAAGAUAAGAUGUGACGGUAGUUACCCCUGUGGAAAUUGUACACAAUCAUCUAAUGAAGCAAACUGUGUAUAUAAGGAAAGACCAGUAAAGAAGAAGAUCAAAGCGCCACCGAAGCAACCUGUGGAAAAGGUAAAGAAAAUCCCUAAGAGAGUAUCAAACCGUAAGACUAUAGAGAUUCUAGAUACUAGAUUAUCAAGUUUGGAAAAUGUUAUAUUGAAGUUGACUGAUAAAUUAGAUCAAUUUUCUCCACCUCAAUCUAAAUCAAUGCGUCAUUUCAAGAUAUCAAACUCCCAGAAUGCAAAGACUAUAAAUAGAAAGAAGUCUUCAAGUGCAUAUGUAACUGCUUCUCUUGAUUCAGAGACAGAUGCUGAUACCUUCUAUAAAAUUCGAGAAGGUGAUGGUGACGAUGACGAAGAUGAUAAUGAUAAUGAUAAUGAAGACGAUAACGAAGAUGAUGAUGAAGAUGAUGAUUUAACGGCUUCAGAUAGUAAUUCGGAUGAAUCAUCCACUGAAGGUCUGGACAAUAACGAAUCAUCAAAGAAAGAAGAACAACUUCAUGCGAACGAUCCGAGAAAACCAAAUAAAGGCAUUUUACAAACUUUAAAAAUUGAACAAUAUUUUGGAACUCAUUCAAUCAUGUGUAUUUUCUCUCAGAAAUCUUUGGAGUGGAUUGAGGGUCAUUUAGGUCCAGAAGCAGCAGAUGUCAUUACUCCAAUCACCAAUUUACCGCUGGUAUUUUAUUCAAAAUUGAAGUCGUUCACUUUGAAAUGGAUUGAUCCACCUAUUAUUGACGCAAAAGGUCGUAGGAAAUUGUUGGAAAGACCUUUACCUGAUAAUAGAGCACUAGUAUUUGAUUUACUUGAUACUUACUAUAAAGAUCUUACCAUGGUUAACUCUCUUUGUAAAGAGGACUAUCUCAGGGAUCUUCUUACAGUUUAUUAUGAUAAUUUCAAUCAACCAAAUGUAACAAAAAGAAGAAAGUUUAAAUUAUCUGAAUAUUUGAUCAUGUCACUUGGAGUAUUGCUGUGUAUCACAGCAAAAAUAGAUGAGGAUUCGGUUUCGGAAGUUUCCACUCCUGUAUCUGCUAUGCUGGUUGGCUUGCUAGAUAAUGCUAUAUUCUAUUACCAUCGAAUCUCGGUGAUUAGUGAAGGUCUCGAAACUGUGCAAGGGAUAUUAUUAUUGGUGACAUACAUUGAAAGUAACUGGCUUACUAGUCAUGUUAACUAUAUUUUAACAUCUGUGGCAAUUAGAUUUGCUCAAGAGCUUGGUUUGCAUAGGUCUGAGACUUAUGAUGGCUUACCUAUAGAAGAACAAGAAAGAAGGAGAGUCGUAUGGUUAUAUUGUCAUUAUUUUGACAUGGAGAUUUGCUUCCGAAGUGGAAAACCUCCUAUGAUCAACGAUGCUGAUGUAACCACAAAUUCAGAUGAAGAUUUGGAAAAAUUCUGGACCUUAAGUUACGAUAAAUGCAAAAACACGGGCGGUAUAGUAGAUUUCCCCGAGCUUAAUGCAAAUCUUCCUACAUUGCCUCAAUAUUUGAGAUUAAUGAGGACAGAAACACAUCCAGCUUUCUUUUAUUUUUAUUUAUUGAUGAUUACCAAAGUCAAAGUCAAAUCAUAUAAUAAAUUAUUCGUGGCCAAUGCAAGAACUGAAAAUUCAGGUGAAUUAUACAAAACAUUGGACUCAUUAAAUCAAGAUAUGCUCCAAAUAUCGGAUCAUGUAUCUGAUCAUGCGAAACCAAGAUUUUAUAACGACCCUAAGUUUAAUUUGACUUCAGAGAACAUUUCAAGAACAGAACGUGAAAGUAUCCUUGGACUUCAAUUGACAUACUUCUUACAUUUGAUGAUCAUGAAUAGAGUUCCAUCAAUGCUCCCUGCGUGUCUGAAUGAUGCUCAGGCUAACAAAUUUAGAAACCUUUCGUUAGAUUCGGCUAGAACCAUUUUGAUUUUGAUUCGUCAAAUAGAUAAGAAGCAUACUAGUGUAUCAUAUUAUAAUUGGUUCUUAUUUUUUCCAGUUGCAGCAUUUUUGACUUUGUCAGCCGCUAUUUUAAAUCAUCCUAAUAUUGUGGAAACUAACGGUGACUUGAAAUUAUUAAUUGACUGUUCAAUUAACUUCUUCGGUGAUGGUAAACCAAAUUCUAUAUUUGAAGAAGAUAACUCGAAUUUAAAUGUCUAUCUGAGUAAAGAGGUGUUGGUAGGCUUAAUUGUGAAAUUAAUGUUAAGAAUUGUCCUUAAAUUUUAUGAAUCAAAAACUAAUAUAUCUUUGGCUAAUAGUGAUCAAAAGUUAAAAAAUCAUUUAGAAAGUGUUAAGAAGAAUUAUCCUGAAAUAUUCCAAGAUAAGUUGCAAUUUGCAUCAAAAUUGGCCUUUAUAUUCGGAGCAUCUCCGUUCUCAAGUAAUCCAAAUGUUCCAUCUACUAGUAGCAGUAUGACCAGUAGUGAUUCCUACUCGGGACAACGUCAAAAUUCAACAUCUUUCCGUAAUAGUCCAUACGCACUUUCUCCAAGUUACAAUCCGGCAUUAUCAAAUAUUCUUCAUCCUAGUGAUAUCCCAGUCAAUCAAAGUCCUCCAGUAACUGUUGCACAAUCCACACAUAUUCCAUACAAACCUUCAAUGUCAAUGAAUUCGACUGUCAUUGAUGGACUUAAUCGACCAAAUCAACAAGCACAACCAUAUAAUAAUGGAGGAGGUUCGGUAAUUACUCCAGGUAAUAGUGACGCUUUAAUGGACUAUUUGAAUGAUGACAAUUUGUCUACAAUAUUCUUUUCUCAAAUGAAUAGUUUACCAAAUUUUUUCUUUGAUAAUAAUUCAGGGAUUUGA